AUGGCAGCCUCGCGGGAUGCCUCAGCGGUGGCGGACUCCAAGUCGCCCAGACUCUCCAACACUGAGUCCUCGUCACAGCAAGACCCGUCUUCCGAUGUAAAGAAGUCCGAUGCAGCUACGAAGCCUGAUGGGUCGACGGGUGAUGUGUCAAAAUCUCUUGGGCCUCCUCCGCGGCCUGUAGAACAAGGGACCAAUACCCCCGACUACUUCUCGAGCCAGGUUGGAGGGUCUCUGAGUCUCGAGCCUAAUCCAUUCGAACAAUCAUUCGGCGGCGGCGGCCAGCCUGAGACGCCGGGAGGCACCAAGCUUCCCUCGGUCGCCGCCUUGACAUCGCCAUCGUCCAUGAUUCCCGGCAGCGGUGCUACCCCGUUCAACUGGGCCGGUGGAUCUCUUCGAAGUGGCCCCCUGAGCCCUGCGAUGCUAUCUGGACCGGCUAACGAUUACUUCGGCGAUACUCAUCACAUCCGGGGAGGCUUUCCUACUCCAAACGAGUCUUCCUUACGGACUGGACUUACACCGGGAGGCAGUGGCUCCAUGUUCCCCGCGCCUAGUCCCAACCCCGCCCUUCUGGCACUGACGGGUGGCGGCGCCACGCCCAGCACUCUAGAGUUUCAUCGCACCGCGAUAAGUGCUGCUGCGAAGCGCGAGAUGCAGAACGCUGCGCAAGCCCAGCCCCUCCCUCCCACAUCCCAACCUAUUGAGGUACAAAGCAAUGUGACAAAUACGGCGGUAAAAGCAGAACCUCGGGCUAGCGGGCCCUUUGAUCCUCAUGAUAAUGAUGCUGCAAAUGGACUUUUCAUGUUGGCGCAGGGCAGGAAUGGAGCCCCGAAUCCCACAAGCUUCCCUGUUACAUCCCAACCCCAAGUCCACGCUCAUCCCGCUCCCGCGCCACCGAAGCCUGCCACAAAUGUCUCGCCCCAGAUAGCUACCGUAAAUGGUAAUUCUGGCGCGCCUGGAUCGACUCGUGGCUCGAGCGAGACUGGUAGCACAGGCUCUGAUGACAAUGAGCAGCCGUCGCGGCCAGCUGGUAGAGGCAAGGGCAAAAGGAACACAGCCAACGGCUCCGCUGCUACUAAUGGUCGGCGGAAGGCCGAGGACUCCGCGACUAAAGGUUCUGCUAAGAAGGCGAAGACUGCAGCUGCUGCCAUGAGUGCGGAUGAUGGAGACUCGGAUGACGAUGAAAUGAAUCAAAAUUCUAAGUCCAAGGACGAAUCUGGAUCGAAGUCUAAAAUGACAGACGAAGAGAAACGUCGUAACUUUCUGGAGCGAAAUAGGGUGGCUGCACUGAAAUGUCGCCAACGGAAAAAGCAAUGGCUUGCUAGUUUGCAGUCAAAGGUUGAGCUAUUUAGCAACGAGAACGAGGCUCUCACCGCCCAGAUUGCCCAGUUGCGGGAAGAAGUUGUCAACUUGAAGACACUACUCCUGGCUCAUAAAGACUGUCCAGUUACUCAACAACAGGCUUCACUGCAUGGGCCAUACAUGCAAGUUGUUGAACCCUAUAACGGCCCGAUGAACCCUUACGGCAUGGCGGCACCUCCGAUGCCAAAUCAGCCAGUGAUGGCAGACCAAGCGAAGAAGGCCGGCAACCACAGCGCAACCCCCCAUCGCGAUCCCCAGCAUACGAGCGCAUCCUCACAACCGAUCGAAUCCGAAGAACAACCCGAAUUGAGAUUCUCUAUCGCGUUCUCCACCUUCGUAUCGACGCGAUUUGGGCACAUCUCCGGUUCACUCGAUAACGGACGCGUCGUGGUGUGGAAGAGGAAGAGGACGAAAUCGAAUUACCGCGGACAGACGUGGGACUCGACCUACACGACGAACGAACAACGGGCGAAUGCUUUGCGCUCGAUAUAUCACAUCGUCGAAUUUAACUCGGAUAUUGAGCGGCGGAAGAGCAAGCGUCUCGCUGGCCGUUUUUCGGUGCGCGCAUCCAUAGCCCUAUACGACGAGCAAGAUGGAGACUUCAAGUUUUUGCGCGCAUCCAAGCGUCCAAGGACGAGCGAUGUGGUGGAAGAGGGACCUUCCCAGCCCGCCCCGGCGACCCAACCGAGAAGAUCGAACCGAGCGAAGCAGACCAAGGAGGCCGCACCUCCCAAGGCGCCAGCAGAAGAGCCCGCUCCGAAGCGGAGAUCGGCGCGACGGAAGGCGAGCGUAGAUGCUUCUGAGGAUGCGGCGACAUUAGUGGUACCGAAGAGACUGACCAGACGAAGUACACGACACACACCGGCAACAGUGGAGGAGGAACCGCAAGCCAACGGCGCGCCAGUCGAUGACGAUGAUCGGAUGGAUAUUAUUGGCGGAACACCAGUGCAACCACCAACGAGUACAGAUGAGGAGGAUGUGAGGAGAGUGGCGCUGCCCAUGAGCGACACGCCCGUUAUUAACCGGAAUAAGGAGAUGCGCAAAAAGGCUGGUGGGGGUAAUAGGCGGAGCAGUUUAGGGUCACGAGGAAGGAGGGCCAGCUCACUCAUCGAGAUGGGACACACGGCGUUACCACACAAGGAAGUGGAUGCCUCCGAGUUCUACAAACAUAUCGAAUCGGAGGGAUUGCCCGAGCCGAGGCGGAUGAAGCAGCUCUUAACCUGGUGUGGUGAGAGGGCGCUCUCUAAGAAGCCACCCCUUGGGUCUAGGAACUCAGGUGCCGUAUUGGGAGCCCGAGCGAUACAAGACCAACUAUUGAAGGACUUCCAAUCAAAGUCGGAGUUCUCGAAUUGGUUCGAUAGAGAAGAUGUCCCGGCGGUGGAGGCGGUGAAGCAACCAAACCCGAGAAACGUCGAACAUGCGCAAAAAAUUGAACAAUUAGAAGAGAAAAUCAAAAGGUUACGAGAGCAAAAGAAGAUGUGGCUAUCACUAAAGAAGAUUGGACCCGAUACCGAACCCUUAUUCCCUGAGAGCAGCCAUGGCACUCAAUUACCCCCACCCGAUGAAUCCCUCCUCGAUCCUACCGAGACCCAAAUGCUUCAAUCAUUAACAGGAAAGGAAUCCUCAUUCGAGCAACUACACGCGGAGACGACGAGCCGCAUACAAGCCAUCCAGUCCAAGCUACGGUUUAGGAUCGACGUCCUCGCGGAUAGUGUGCACAAACUCGAGCAGAGGGUAGCGACAGCGGGACGCGAGGCGGACAGGGUCCUUUCCCAAAGUGCGGUGCGGCUAAAAGAGAGGGAAGAGAGGGAGAAGAAGGCAGCCGGGACGAAGGACUUGCCGAUCAUGGAGGUGGUCAGAAGUCUUGGGCGAAUACUCCCCGAAGGCGACGGUUGA